UCUGCCAGCAGCUCAUCAUCCUUCCUUCCACUUCCACCUGCACACCGUUAACAAAGUAAGCUAGCGACAACACGACAACCCAGUAAUACAUUACAUCUACAGCCAUGGCAGAUCCAAGAAUACGGCAGAUUAAGAUUAAAACUGGUAUUGUUAAAAGGCUGGCCAAGGAGGAGAUUGCGUACAUAACUGAAGCGAAGCAGCAGGAAGAGAAGAUUGAGCGCCUGAAAACCGAGGCGGCAGAUGAUUAUGUCAUCAAGAAACAGAUGGAGGUGUUGCAGGAGUCCAGAAUGAUGAUCCCAGACUGUCACCGCCGGCUGGCCAUAGCACACGCAGAUCUGCUGCAGCUGCUAGAAGCAGAAGAGGAAUUGGCUGAAUCAGAGGAGUACAAAGAGGCUAGAAGCAUAUUGGACUCAGUGAAGCUUGAAGGAUGAUUUCUGAUGCAUUUCUGUUCUCACUGUGAGAUUCACUUGCUUAAAUGUCCAUUCCUUUCGUCAGGCCUUGUUUGGAACCGUGGAGGCCAACUGAAUCCAUUCAAAAUCUCUUUUCUUGAUGUAAUUAUUUCUUUUCUUUACCGCUAACGUGCCACCACAUUUUGAUCACGCUUCUCCUGUGUGAAAAAAAUAAAAUAAUUCCACAAUAAUAUGA